UUCUUGUUUUUCGACCUAAACGGUCUCUCGAUUCUCGAUCCUCGAUUCUCGGCGUUCGACCUCAGAGGCAGGUCUCCCAAUUCUCGAUCCUCGAUUCUCGGCGUUCGACCUCAGAGGCAGGUCUCUCGAUUCUUGAUUCUCGGCGUUCGACCUCAGAGGCAGGUCUCUCGAUUCUUGAUUCUCGGCUUUCGACCUCAGAGGCAGGUCUCUCGAUUCUCGAUCUUCGAUUCUCGGUGUUCGACCUCAAAGACAGGUCUCUCGAUUCUCGAUUCUCGGCGUUCGACCUCAGAGGCAGAUCUCUCGAUUCUUGAUUCUCGGCGUUCGACCUUAGAGGCAGGUCUCUCGAUUCUCGAUUCUCGGCGUUCGACCUCAGAGGCAGGUCUCUCGAUUCUCGAUUCUCGGCAUUCGACCUCAGAGGUAGGUCUCUCGAUUCUCUAUUCUCGGCGUUCGACCUCAGAGGCAGGUCUCUCGAUUCUCGUUCUCGGCGUUCGACCUCAUAGGCAGGUCUCUCGAUUCUCGAUUCUCGGCAUUCGACCUCAGAGGCAUGUCGACCGGUCCAUUUUAUCGUGUUUCGUGCACUUUUAUUCUCGUUUCAUGUUUUUGUGGUUUGGCGUACUUUUCUUAUCUUUUUGGUGUUGUUUAGGUCCACAUUAUUCAAUCUUGGGAAGACGAGCCAUUUCCGAGACAUUUUCGAGUCGUCCGAACCAUGUUCGAGCCACACGGGCCAUUUCCGAGCCCUGCGAGUUUUGGUGUAUCAAGCUGCGAAAAUCAAGGACCUAUCCUGCGAGUUCGACCUAUCCUGCGAGUUUUCAUCAUUUAAUGUGUGUGUUUUA